AUGAGCUGGGUCUGGUUCUUGCAAGCCAUAUUAGCUUCCCGGGGUCACCUCUUUCUCUUGUUUUGUUUGCAGAGACUUGCUGGGGCGGCUGAGAAGUUCCAGAAAGCCCACCGCUGGCAGGACAACAUCAGGGAGGAGGAUAUUGAAUACUACGACUCCAAGGCAGACACGGAAUACGACGACCCCGAGGGAGAAGAGCUGGAGCGGGAGAAGUCCAACUCCUUGAAGCUGGAGUUCACCGAAGACUUGAACUUCAAAACCAAGGUUAACUAUUCCUACGCGGCCGUGCAGAUCCCUACGGACAUCUACAAGGGCUGUGAGUGCCGCUCUCCUCCGCUUCUAGCACUGGCCUGUCUCCUGGGCGGGCCCCGUGGCAAGGCAGAGAGCACCCCCUGGAAAUCCCUGCCCACAAGUCCUGAUGGAGCCAGGGCAUGUCUUUUACAGACACGCACACACCGGUUCCACAACCUCCCUGGGCAAUUUAUUCCAGUGUUUAACCACCCUGACAGGUACAUCCAAGGGGCCUCCUCGCCGAAGGACAUGGUGAUCAUCGUGGACGUGAGCGGCAGUGUGAGCGGCCUGACCCUCAAGCUGAUGAAGACGUCGGUCUGCGAGAUGUUGGACACCCUUUCGGACGACGACUAUGUCAACGUGGCCUCGUUUAACGAGAAGGCAAAGCCCGUGUCCUGCUUCAAGCACCUGGUGCAGGCCAACAUCCGCAACAAGAAGGUCUUCAAGGAGGACGUGCAGGAGAUGGUGGCCAAGGGGACGACCGACUACAAAGCCGGCUUUGAGUACGCCUUUGACCAGCUGCAGAACUCCAACAUCACGCGCGCCAACUGCAAUAAGAUGAUCAUGAUGUUCACCGACGGCGGGGAGGACCGGGUCCAGGAUGUGUUUGAGAAGUACAACUGGCCCAACAAAACGGUCCGAGUGUUCACCUUCUCGGUGGGGCAGCACAACUACGACGUGACCCCCCUGCAGUGGAUGGCUUGUGCCAACAAAGGUAAGAGGCACGCUCGGAGUGGGGGGCAGCGGGGCAAGGAGGAAGGGAGGCAGCCCCCCCCCAGCCGGGCUCCGAGCGCUGGGGGCAGGGCAGCACAACUACGACGUGACCCCCCUGCAGUGGAUGGCUUGUGCCAACAAAGGUGCCCCUCUCGGGCGGGGCGUCUCUGUCUCACACCGGCCCCUCUCCUCGUGUGUCCCCAGGAGUACCUGGACGUGCUGGGCAGACCCAUGGUCCUGGCAGGGAACAAAGCAAAACAAGUUCAAUGGACCAACGUCUACCAGGAUGCUCUGAACCAGCUCAUCCUGGGCGUGAUGGGAAUUGACGUGGCUCUGAACGACAUCAAGAUGCUGACGCCGCGCUACAACCUCGGAGCCAACGGCUACAUCUUCGCCAUCGACCUCAACGGCUACCGCCCGCUGCACCCAAACCUGCCGCCUCAGAUCAUCAAUUUCCGAGAGCCUGUGACCCUGGACUUCUUGGAUGCUGAGCUGGAGGACGAGAACAAGGAGGAGAUCCGGAGAAGCAUGAUCGACGGCAGCGCCGGGCAGCGAGUCAUCAAGACCCUGAUCAAAUCCCUGGAUGAGCGCUACAUCGACGAAGUUGUGCGCACCUACACCUGGGCCCCCAUCAAAAGCACCAAUUACAGCCUGGGGCUCGCCUUGCCGCCCUACAGCACCUACUACAUCCGGGCCAACCUCAGCGACCAGAUCCUCCAAGUGAAGUUACCAAACAGCAAAAUGAAGGUAAUUCUCUUCCCACACGAGCACAGCAUGCGGUUCCUUUUCGUUGUUGACAAUCCUCGAAAGAGAGAGAUGCCUGGACAUGUUUUCAUUGCUCCCAGAGAAUAUUGCAAAGACCUCGACCUGUCGGACAACAACACGGAGUUCCUGGAAAACUUUAUCGCCCUCAUGGAAAAGGUGACCCCCGACUCCAAGCAGUGCGACAACUUCCUCCUCCACAACCUGAUCCUGGACACGGGCAUCACGCAGCAGCUGGUGGACAGGGUGUGGAAGGACCAGGACCUCAGCACGUACAGCCUCCUGGCCGUGUUCGCAGCCACCGACGGCGGCAUCACCCGCCUUUUCCCUAACAAAGCGGCCGACGACUGGGACGAGGACCCCGAGCCCUUCAAUGCCAGCUUCUAUCGGCGGAGCCUGGACAACAAGGGGCAAAUCUUCAAACCACCCUACCGGGAGCGUGAGUACCGCCCUGCACUGGCACGGCAGGGGCGCGCCCAGCCCCGCCCACCCCCUGGAAUCCCCUGGGCUCAGCGGCUUUGCAGAGGGGAGAGAGCAAUGGCUCUCGGGGCCUGGAGCUGCAGGCCCUGCCCAGGGAACAUGCCUGAGAUCUGGCCCUGGGCAGCUUCCCCUCUUGGGAUCUGCAGGUUCAAUCCCCUGGUGCGUUGCACAGGCAUUUUGCACGAGUGUCACCCGCCGGUGGCGAGGAGCCCUCUCCCGGAGCUGGGAAUGGUGAGCAAGGUGCCCAGCAGUACAGGGACUCACACCCCUCCGAGGAGCGCGUCGCACCUCCUCUUGCGCUGCCCCCGUCCCUCGACGUGUUACCGUAGGGUCUCUCCUUCUCCUCUUUCGUUCCAGCCCACCAUGGCGGAUUUCCUGAACCUGGCUUGGUGGACGUCAGCCGCCGCGUGGUCUUUGUUCCAGCAGCUCCUGUACGGCCUCACCUACAGCAGCUGGUUCCAGACAGGUAAGUCCAGCCCAGGCGGCCGCUGCGUGGGAGGGAUGAGUGGGGAGGGGGCAGUCAAUGCCCGACCUAGGAAUGGGGAGGAGCUGUUCCACGCCCAGAGGCUCGCCCACACCCACCUGUCCUUUCUCCUGGGCGACAAGCCCACGAAAACUCCCUCAGGUAUGCGCUGCUGCUUUUCCUUGACACGCAAAGCUCCGCCGAGAGAUCCGAAUCAGUGCGAGCUGGUGGACAAGCCCCGGUACCGGAAAGGCCCUCACAUCUGCUUCGACUACAAUGCAACGGAAGAUACCUCAGACUGCGGCAGAGGGGCCUCCUUCAAACCCUCCCUCGGCGUCUUGUUCGCCCUGCAGUUGCUGCUACUCUACUUGACUGCCAGCCGCCAGCCUCUGCCCUUGGCAUCUUGCCUUUAA